AUGGCUGCAGCGGAGUCCGGUGAUUCGGGAGGCUACUACUUCAGAUUCCUGCCUCAGAAAACCUUCCAGUCUCUAAGCACCAAGGAGACCACGAGCCGGCUCCGCCAGUGGUCCAUGCUGGGCAGAAUCAAGGCACAGGCGUUCGGGUUUGACCAGGUGUUUCAGCCCUAUCGGAAGGAUGAUUUCGUUAUGGCUUUUUUCAAAGACCCAAAUGUUAUUUCCAAUUUGAAGUUGCUUUCAGAUUCUGGACAGUGGAUUACAUUAGGAACUGAAGUGAAAAAAAUUGAAGCUAUAAAUGUUCCUUGCACACAGCUUUCAAUGUCAUUUUUUAGACGGUUAUACAAUGAAGAUAUUGUACGAGACAGUGGACAUAUUGUUAAAUGUUUAGAUUCUUUUUGUGAUCCCUUUCUCAUUUCUGAUGAGUUACGAAAGGUUUUGCUAGUGGAAGACUCGGAAAAGUAUGAAAUAUUCAGCCAACCAGAUAGAGAAGAGUUCUUGUUUUGUCUUUUCAAACAUCUUUGCCUUGGUGGAGCCCUUUGUCAAUAUGAGGAUGUGCUUAAUCCAUAUCUGGAAACGACAAAGCUUAUCUAUAAGGAUCUAGUGAGUGUUCGAAAGCAUCCUAAAACAAAGGAAAUACAGAUCACUUCUUUCAUCUUUAAAGUUACAGCAUAUGAUUCUGUUGGUGUAUGCUACCCUUCAACAAAGAGCCAUGAGCAGACAUUUUCUUACUUUAUUGUGGAUCCCAUCAAACGUCAUCUUCAUGUUUUAUACCACUGUUUUGUUGAAGUUUUUAAUGUGUAUUUUCUGUCCAAAGGCUUUGUGUGGCUUGCUUAUUGGACAUGA